GAAUGGCUCAAUUUAUGAAGUUAUUAUCAUUAUCAUUUAUCAUAUAUAUAUUUUUUCCAUCGUUUCCAUAUUGUUGAGGGAGUAGGCAAAUUCAAUCCCGAGAGUUUAUCUCCCAGCGAAUCAAGGAAACCAAGAUUUUUCCUUCCGAGAGAUGGAAGCUGAUGUUUCCAUUGAUAUUUUAUAAACCCUAAUCAUCUUUUGUUCUUCGUUUCAAUCUCUAAUUCUCUCCCUUUUUCUCUCUCACUGAUUAGGGUUUUUCGGUCCAUGGCUUUCAGUGCUAUGAAUCCAGGUCUCGCCUUAUUGUUUUCACUGAUUUUGGUUGGCUGUUGCGGCUCUGCAGCUAAUGUGGUAUUGAUUGGGACCAACGUUACUCGUUCCUUCGACUCCAUUGAAGCUAAUUUCGCUCCUUCAAUAGAAAGUUCAGGGGAACCUGGGGUGUUAUAUCUGGCAAAACCUCUUGACGCAUGCUCGACAUUGGAAAACAAAACUGAUCUGCCUGUAAACUCCAGUUCACCAUUUGCGCUUAUAAUUAGAGGAGGAUGUAGCUUCGAGGAUAAAGUGAGGAGAGCCCAAGUGGCUGGAUUUAAAGCUGCAAUCAUCUAUGACAAUGAAGAUGGUGGCUUAAUUGCGAUGGCAGGGAGCUCAGCUGGUAUUAGAAUACAUGCUGUAUUUGUUACUAAAACAUCUGGUGAGACAAUGAAGAAGUAUGCAGGCUUGCCUAACGUUGAGAUAUGGAUAGUUCCAAGCUUUGAAAAUUCUUCAUGGUCCAUCAUGGCUAUCUCCUUUAUUUCUCUUCUUGCAAUGUCUGCAGUGCUUGCUACUUGUUUCUUCGUUCGUAGACAUCGAAUAAGACGAGGACGUCCUCGAUCUUCUCAUGCUCAAGAGUUCCGGGGAAUGAGCAGACGUGUAGUAAAAGCAAUGCCAAGCCUGAUAUUUACUACUGCUUUAGAGGAUAAUUGCACAUCAAUAACAUGUGCAAUAUGCCUUGAGGACUAUACUGCUGGUGAGAAGCUCAGAAUUCUACCAUGUCGUCACAAAUUUCAUGCCCUCUGUGUGGACUCUUGGCUUACUGCUUGGAGAACCUUCUGCCCUGUUUGUAAGCGAGAUGCAAGAACUAGCAAUGGUGAUCCACCACCUUCAGAAUCCACACCAUUGCUUUCGAGUACUCCCAGUUCUGUUGCUUCAUCCUCAAUAUUAUCUUCUGUGAGAUCAUCAUUGCCACCAAGCUCCGCCAUUCAAAUAUCCCCUUCAUUAAGAUCGCCUUCGGUAUCUCGGAACCACUCCCUCUCAAGCACUCCUUACCUUCAGCAGUCUCUGAGAUCCUCCUACCGCCAAUCCCCAACGUUGAGUGUGAGCAGAAGUUCAGUUGAACUCAGAAAUGCAUCUUCCCAAAGAUCUCAGACUUCUCAUUUGGUUUCGCCGUAUUCCUCGUGUUACCCAUCCAUUUCACCUUUACAUUCAAGAUACAUGAUUCCGCUUAUUCCGAGUCCAAGCAAUGCCUCACCAAGCAUCAUUGGUUCUUCUAGUCAUCAACAUAAUCCCUUGCAUUGUAGUGGAUCAGCUGCAAGCUUUUCUCCAUUUGCUUCGGCUCGGUCUCUUCCUGAAUGCUGAUACAAGAGCGUUGAGAAAAUCUUUCGCCCUGAGAAAUUGGCAACCCUGUUUUCGCAGAGGGGGUUGAGGGGUUGGGUGAGGUAUGGUUGAAUUAUGGCAUCAUGUGGUCUGUAAAGCGAUUUGUUAGUUGUUGAUCUGUCUAAAUACCCUGGUUGGCCAGCAUCAUUGUAUAUUAUUUCUCACGAUUGCUCCAUUUGUUUUGGGUUUGAAGUUCCAUUUUGUGGUACAUGUUGUAGAGGUUUUUAAAAUUACAAAGUGAAGUAGAGUAUAUUCUUGUGGCGGUGGGUUUGUAAUUCUUUAAUGGAUUGUGGGUUUAGAUGCAGUGGAAGUGGAUACUUAGUUUAAGAGCUAACCAGGAAAGGAACAUUUGUAAUAUAUACCACUUCUCUCUUUCCUUAUCUUCCCA